CUUACCUGGCUGGUGAGCUAGGCUAACUAGCUUUAGUUGGUGCUAACUCGGCUAAUUACACAACAGCAGAUAGCUCGUCAGCCAAGUGCCUGUUACCUCAUCCCGUCAGACCACUGAACCCACCGCACAGCACAUGACUACACCCUGGCUUAUCUUUCACUGGGGCGGUUAAACAUCGGUUGCAUAAAAGCCGGAGGUGUCCUCAGCCUCUUCAGAAGCGAUAGUGAACUCAGUUUGUCUGCAGAGAAGAGACAGGCGAGAGAGAAAUGCAGUCCGUGGUUAAUCAAAACUUCCACGCGGAGACUGAGGGAGACCUCAACAAGCUCAUCAACCUGAAGCUCAGUGCAUCCUACACCUACCUCUCUCUGGGGAUGUAUUUCGACAGGGAUGAUGUAGCCCUGCCAAAAUUCUCCAGCUUCUUCCUGGAGCGCUCGGUGAAGGAGAGGGAGCAAGCUGAGAAGCUGCUGGAAUACCAGAACCUGAGAGGAGGCCGUAUUCUGCUUCAGACUAUCGCUAAACCAAGUAGAGAGGAUUGGAGAGGUGGCCUGGAUGCUAUGACCUUUUCCCUCGACUAUCAGAAGACCCUCAACACGUGCAUCCUGGACGUGCACCGCAGAGCCACGACUAACACCGACCCUCACCUGUGUGACUUCCUCGAGCAGCCCUUCCUCACCGACAGCCACGAGACCAUCAAGAAGCUGGGCGACUACAUCGGGAGUCUGACCCGCAUCACUGCGUCCGAGACACAUGGCGCUAUGGGAGAAUACCUCUUUGAUAAACACACUCUGUAAAGGUCAAAGCAGUGCGGUGACAAAAGCUCCACAGUGUAACAGUCUCCCGCUGUGUUUACUUUCCGUUACAACAGCUCCACAAUAUUUCUACACUUGAACCAAACUUCAUUCUUGUAUCAAAGGCAUGAGGGAAGUUCAAAAAGCAAAAAACGUAAAAUACCUCAACUUUUCUUAAACCUCUGUGUAAAAAAAUAAGGUGCUAAAAACUACUAUUUAUCACUUGUUCAUUUAGACUCCAUAUCAUGUGUCAUGCAUUCCACUGUCAGAGGUUUCAAGCUUCAGAGUUUAAUAAAAUUCUUAAAAUGUUGUGCCAAUCAAAAAUUGGAUGACUGUGGAGACAUUUAAUAAAGUCCGAUUUUAAUCACA